AUGUCACGGCUCAACUCAACUUUGAUCUACCCAGACCCUCCAACCAACAACCACCAUGAUCUGCCCUCAUUCCUCGCAUACGCCGACAGGUCAGGGCUCGACCAAAAGUCCACUCUCUACGUCGGCACCCAUUACGAGUACACCGUUGCCCAAGUGCUCUCCCAGUACGGCUUCUACCUGAAGAGGGUGGGCGGCCACUCAGACUACGGCAUCGACCUGCUCGGGACAUGGACCGUCCCAUCCUCCAAGGAGCCACUACGGGUCUUGGCCCAGUGCAAGGCCAUCGCGAGGAAGUCGUCCCCGAACCUGGUGCGCGAGCUGGAGGGCGCGUUUGUCGGCGCGCCGGUCGGGUGGAAGGGCCACGGGGUCCUGGGCGUCUUCGUCACCGAGAAGCCGGCGACCAAGGGCGUGAGGGACUCGCUCGCGCGGAGUAGGUGGCCUAUGUGUUUUAUCUCGUGCACGAGGGCGGGGCACGUCCAGCAGAUGCUGUGGAACCGCAGGGCUGAGGAGGAGGGGCUGGAGGGCCUGGGGGUGGGCAUGCGGCAUGCCGGCGGGGACGGGGAGUCACAGCUGUCGAUGCUGUGGAAGGGACAGCACGUUGUGCUCGAGGAUGUGAACAGGGGCUCUGAAGUUCACCGGAAGGAAAUGCGAACUGAAUGA